AUGUCCGCCGCCUCGCAAGACAGCCACUUUGUCGGCUGGAUCGGCCACGACAACAAGGCCAUCGGCAACAUGAAGUGGGAACCCUACACGCCCAAACAGUGGGAAGAGACCGACGUCGAAAUCGCCAUCGAGGCCUGCGGCAUCUGCGCCUCGGACCUCCACACCCUCCGCAGCGGCUGGGGUCCCGCAAACUACCCGCUCUGCGUCGGCCACGAGAUUGUCGGCCACGUCGUCCGCCUCGGCAACGAGGUCAAGCACCUCCGCCUCAACCAGCGCGUCGGCGUCGGCGCACAGAGCGGUUCCUGCCUCGAGUGCGAGGAGUGCUCCCAGGGCCUCGAACCCUGGUGCCGCAGGGGCCUCGUCGGCACCUACAACGGCAAGUUCAAGGACAAGCAGGGCAACCCCAUCGGCGCCUCGUACGGCGGAUACGCCAAGUUCUCGCGCGUCCCCGCCCACUUUGCCGUGCCCAUCCCCGACGGACUCGACUCGGCCGUCGCGGCCCCGCUCAUGUGCGGAGGCGUCACCGUCUACAACCCGCUCCGCACCAACGGCUGCGGUCAGGAGGGCUUUAAGCGCGUCGGCGUCGUCGGCAUCGGCGGUCUCGGCCACUUUGCCCUCCUCUUCGCCAAGGCCCUCGGCGCGGAAAAGAUCACGGCCAUCUCGCAGACGCGCAGCAAAGAGGAGCUGGCGCGCAAGCUGGGCGCCACCGACUUUAUCGCCACCUCCGAGGGGCCCGACGUGUUUGCCCAGCACCGCCGCUCGCUCGACCUGCUCAUCACGUGCAACAACAACGGCGACAUGCCGCUCGACAAGUACCUCACCCUCGUGCGCCCGCUGGGCAAGAUCGUCGCCGUCGGCAUCCCCGAGGAAAAGAUGAUGCCCACGCCCCUCGCCCAGCUCGCCUUUUCCGGCGUCUUCCUCGGCGGCUCGCUCAUCGGCGGGCCCGGCGUCAUCCAGGAGAUGCUCGAGCUCGCCGCCAAGCAGAACCUCGAGCCCAUGAUUGAGAAGCGCAACAUGAAGGACGCCAACCAGGCCGUCGUCGACAUGGAGGCCGGCAAGCCCCGCUUCCGAUACGUCCUCAUCAACGAGGACUACAAGGCGCCCGACCGCGCCGCCCUCUGA